GCCAAGAAGUAAACUUCUUCUGUGUGCGACCAUCUUUUUUGACAUCCGCAACUAUCGGACGAGAAAAGUUCCGACCGACCGAGAAAAGCAGCCGAUUUCCGACAAAUUUGUGAUUUUCGACUUCAAAUUAUCUAGAAGGAGAACGCAAAAUGUUUAAGUCCGUCGCUCCAAUCCUGGCCCAGGUGCCAGCAGAAGUCUGCUUUGGCCAACAAAAUCGUGGAAUGGCUACGCUGAAAUCCAUCCAGAUCCGUCUGAAGUCGGUCAAGAACAUUCAGAAGAUCACCCAGUCCAUGAAGAUGGUGUCCGCUGCCAAGUACGCCCGUGCUGAACGCGAUUUGAAGCAGGCCAGGCCAUACGGCUUAGGUGCUCAGCAAUUCUACGAGAAAGCUGAGGUUGCCUCCAAGGAAGAGGAACCGAAGAAGCUGUACAUCGCCAUCACCUCCGACAGAGGUCUGUGCGGAGCUGUUCACACCGGUAUAGCCCGUAGCAUCCGUGGUGAUUUGACCGAAAACCCCAACAUCAAGGUCAUCUGCGUUGGUGACAAGUCGCGUGCCAUCUUGCAGCGUUUGUAUGGCCAGAACAUCGAAAUGGUAUGCAAUGAGAUCGGCCGUUUGCCACCAACCUUCCUGGAUGCUGCCAAGCUAACCAACGCCAUCCUGAAUAUGGGAUACGAGUACACCGAGGGUAAGAUUAUUUACAACAAGUUCAAGUCGGUUGUGUCCUACGCGGUUGCAAACAUGCCAAUCUUCAGCCUGAAGGCCGUCGAGUCUGCCGAAAAACUGCCGGUCUACGAUUCUCUUGAUUCCGAAGUUAUCCAGAGCUAUUUGGAAUAUUCGCUGGCUUCGAUGCUGUUCUACGCAAUGAAGGAAGGUGCUUGCUCGGAACAGUCAUCACGUAUGACUGCUAUGGACAACGCUUCCAAGAAUGCCGGAGAGAUGAUUGACAAGUUGACUCUGACUUUCAACCGAACCAGACAGGCUGUCAUCACCCGUGAGCUGAUUGAAAUUAUUUCCGGUGCUUCGGCUCUGGAGACCAAGGAUUAAGCAGAUGCGCUUCUGUGAAUGC